UAAUGCUGAAAUUAAAGCCAUAUGGGCGGUAGCCCUUAAUAGAAGGCCAGACAUAAAAGCCCUAUUCACAGGACAUCCGCCCACAUCAACGAAGAAAAAAUGGCGGUAACAGGGCGUUUUCUGAGCUCUAGUCCUAAGGUACUUCUGGCGGCAAUCGCUCGGAGGCCUACUGUGAAAUGCCCACGUUUGAAUCACCGCGCCUCGGUCUGCGUGAGGGCUAUGACACUCAAGGCCCUUCCAGUGGAGGCGUCCAUCCGCCCUGCAUCACCACGUACUAAGGAGCUCGCAAACCGCAUCAUGUUGGCGCCAGGUGUUGUCCCAGGGGCCAGAGCCAUUGUAGUGGGGACAGGCGCCCUGCCUGUCAUCGACGUGCUCAAAUACCUGGGGGUGCAGGAUAUCCUGGCUGUGGACAUGAGCUCGGAGUUCCUAGAAGUGGUGACUACAGCGCACGGUGUGGCCAGCACACUGGGGAACCAGCAAGGUGUUCGUGUGUGGCGGGGGGACUUUACGGAGCUACCCGCUUACAUGGGCCCCGCCGAGGUGGUGGUUUUCACGGAUGAGCCAUUUGGAACGGCACUGGCACCCAGGGAUGCGCUCGUUAAGGCCUGCCUGACCACCCAGCCAGGAGGCUGUAUCAUUAUCAACUCUGAAGCGGAGAACCGCCGUUGGCAGCCCAAGUACCCGCCCACUCGCGACGCCCUGGCGGCCCUGGUUUCGGGGCUGCCAGUGAACAUCCACAGCGAGCAAGAAGUCUCUAACGGCUACUGCGGCAUCCUGCAGGUGCCGCCUAACUACCGGUUGCGCUCGCCUGUGUCGUUGGGCGGUACUGUCGUACGCGGGUUUGGCCGGGGGAGCCGCCAACUGGGUACCCCCACUGCCAACAUCGACCCCGCACCGCUUAGGAGGACCCUGGGGGGCAUGCCCCCCGGGGUGUACUUUGGGUGGGCCAAGUUGGAGGCCCCGGUGGGCUGGCCGGCUGGGGACUCCAAUGUGCACAAGGCGGUUCUCAACAUAGGCUCCCGGCCCACAGUCAAUAAGGGCGGUGAGGCGCCCUCUGUGGAGGUGCACAUACUUCACGAGUUUCAGGGCGGAGAGGAGUUUUACGGGAGUCACCUAGAGGUGCUGGUGGUGGGCUUCCUGCGGCCCGAGAUCCGGUUCAGUGGGGUGGAGACGCUGCUGGCUCGCAUCCGUACGGACACGGCAAUUGCCAGGCUGCAGCUGGAUACGCCGGAGCUACGGGCGGCGGCGGGAGUGCUGGAGAUGGCCUCCGGGGGGGAGCUGUAA